AUGCCCACCACACCAAUAACGUGCCUCCUGUGCGCCUCCACUUUCCUCCAAAUCGCCUCCUGCGCCUUCACGUUCAAAAACGUGAUGGUGACUUGCGACAGCGACAGCGCCCUCUCCGACGAGGAAAUCACCUUCAGCACCGUCGUCACCACCAACCGCCUCAAACCCCACCUGCCCCUCGGCCAGCAGUGCAACAACAUCGCCAUCCAGCACUCCACCAUCCCCACCCUCACCAGGGACUCGCUCUCCGACAUCAACAACGCCAACUUCCUGGUGCUGGAGAGCGACGAGAUCGAGGCCAUCGAGCCCGGGGCCUUGAGGAACGUGGUGGUCAAGCAGGCGAUCUCGCUGAAGAUGAACAAGUUGCGCGAGAUCCGGCGCGGGGUGUUCGAGGGGGUGCGGGUGCCGGUGCUGUUCUUGAGCUUCAACGCGAUCAGCUAUGUGGACUACCAGGCGUUUGACAACAUGACCGACCUGGAGAUUGUCCACCUGGACCACAACCGCAUCGCCAGCGUCAACCCCUUCUGGUUCAAAAACGCGCCCAAGGUCACCAAGGUCAACCUCUCGCACAACAACAUCCACAGGGUGGACGCCAAUGCGUUCGCCAACCACGUCUCCAAAAUCGACCUGAGCAACAAUAUCAUCCAGUCGGUGGACCCGCACGCCUUCAGGAGGACCAAGAAGUUGCUCUUUUUGGGACUUGCCCACAAUUUGAUCCAUGACUUGGACCCCAACUGGCUGAAGGAUGUGAAAGUGCACACGCUGGACCUGUCCAGUAACUCGCUUUAUUGUCUGGAAGGGGGUUUAGGUGGUUUACAGUCGACGAAUUUUCUUGAUAAAAAUCCCUGGGAUUGCAGCUGUUUGGAGAGGAUUAAGCGGAAGGAGAACAGGGUUUUUGGCACGAUUGUAGCCAACGAGGAUUUCAACAGAUGCAACAUUUCCUAA